UAACCAAAUUUAUAAAGAAGAAGAAUUUCUUGUUUGUCAUCCUGCAAGCGAAAUUAUACGGAUAGUUUAUUUAACUUUUUAUAAAAAAAAACAACGGCAUAAACUAAUCAUGGCUUUAGCAGAAAUUUGUAAAAUUUCCGAUGCUCCCUACAUGCAGAUGCGUAACUACACAACCUCGGACUUGGAGAGGGAGAGCCAACAGUACGUUUCCAACUUGACGAAUCCAUACGUUUUGUCGGCACCACCAUUCGAGAAUCCCGUGGAGAAUUUGAACAAAAUACAAGCCUGCAGUGACAAAACUGGCAUUAAAAUUGAAUUUGACCAUGGUACCACAACACUGGGUUUCAAAUAUCAAGGCGGUGUCAUUUUGGCGGUCGACUCACGUGCCACUGGUGGCCAAUUCAUUGGUUCGCAAACAAUGAAGAAAAUUGUCGAAAUCAACCAGUUUCUGUUGGGCACCUUGGCUGGUGGUGCUGCCGAUUGUGUCUAUUGGGAUCGUGUUUUGGCUAAGGAAUGUCGUUUGCAUGAGCUGCGAAACAAGGAACGUAUUUCGGUGGCAGCCGCUAGUAAGAUUAUGGCAAAUAUUGCCCAUGAAUACAAGGGAAUGGGUUUGAGCAUGGGCAUGAUGUUGGCAGGAUAUGAUAAGCGAGGUCCUGGUCUCUACUAUGUGGACUCCGAGGGUUCGCGUACACCUGGCAAUGUUUUCUCUGUGGGCAGUGGUUCUAUUUAUGCCUUUGGUGUCUUGGACUCCGGCUAUCAUUGGGAUUUGAAAGACGAGGAAGCUCAGGAGUUGGGUCGACGCGCCAUCUACCAUGCCACCUUUAGAGAUGCUUACUCCGGUGGUAUUGUACGUGUUUACCAUAUGACCCCCAAUGGAUGGAUUAACAUCUCCAACACUGAUUGCAUGGAACUACACUACAAGUAUGAAGAAGAAAAGAAGAACAAGAAACACUAAAUGAAAACAAUUUACAUAUAGUUUCUCAGAAUUAAAUUCUUGUAUUUUUAAAUAAAAACAAAAAUGGAAAUUUGGUAAACCAUCUGAA